ACACAGUCUGCCGAGUAUACGCGACCCUACAAAUACGAACAGAUGUACUAGGAUCUGCUGUUGCUGACGUGAGGAAUUGGGCAUAUGCGCUGUAUGACCAGAUCAGUAUGUUUCAUUUCACAAUGUUACUGACAUUUAAGGUAGCCCCAAUACCACCUACUGGUCAAGAUGUUCUAACUUGGAAGUUAUAUUUUGAGCGUUUCGACAUUGCUGUCAACACCGUCUACGAUGUCUGCGACGUGGUAGCCCCAAUACCACCUACUGGUCAAGAUGUUCUAACUUGGAAGUUAUAUUUUGAGCGUUUCGACAUUGCUGUCAACACCGUCUACGAUGUCUGCGACGUGGACCCGCAAGAUGAAGCUGCCAGUGAUGAAACAGCGGCCUUGCUGUACUUUGACAUAAAGAGCUUCAAUGAAGUACUUUUACCUCCGGAGUGUACACAAAGUGUCGCCGAGGAAAUGGAACAGCUGAUGAACCGCAAUUUCACCGACAGGAAAUUGGUUACCGUUAGCGGUAAGUUGAAUGGUCACCAAGCCAUCGGAAAUUUUUGGGCUUGUAUACGAAAUACACUCGUUUGCAAACAAAUUUGGUUUUGCGAGAGACCCACCUGGAACAUAGCUGAAUCUCUCGUUUGUGAUGUUCCUAGGCAGCUGAACAUGCUGCACCAGGUCGCCACAUGUCUCAGUUGCUGCGAUAUUCGAGAUAUCGCGAUACAUGCUCGCCAAACCGAACAGUCACCAAAUCAACAACAAAACAAUUCCAACAGAUUUCCAAUUCACUGCUCAUAUUUUUACAGUUCGACUUAUUUCAUCUUUUUAUCACACAUUACAGCCCAAGAUGGUGUCAAGAAGCUCUGGGGAUACACAAUCAGAACCGAAAUGAAAUCAUCAUUCUCGUCGGAAGAUCUCAAAGUACAGAUGGGCGACCCUAUUCUGAAGGCCAGCUUUGAGACCAGGAACGAUAUUAUCAAACGUUGGCUCGUGGGCGAUGCCUCACCGAAGCCGCUAACAAUAUGCUUUGAAAGAUUUUCGCUUCAUUGGGCGUUAAGCUACUAUGAAAUGCAUUUUGAAGUGCAUUUCGAGGUCGAAAAAAUCGCAGACAAAGAUCCAGCAAACUUUGUAUUGGAACUGGCCAAAAUUGCAAAAGGACCGGGUUCCAAGGGACCAUUCCCAGUCGGCACUUCUUACCUGAAUUGGUUAGACACCUGGAAAAAACUGGAAAGAAAAGUAUUUUCGAAAAGUCCUGUGAGAAUGAUCAGUCGCGCAUGCACGCGAUUCGAGAAGGUCAACACAACGGUUCUGCAAAUCGAAGGCUCAGUUCUGGUUGCCAACACUUCGAUGAAGUUGAAUUACGAACGGUCCAAUCACAUCACUCGCAGUCAGCUUGAACGGCUGCUCAAAUCACCUAACUCCGAUGUCCCUCCGCCAAUAUCCAUCCAAAUGAGUGACUUUGGCUGGUUAGCCUAUUCUUUUGCAGUCCAAGAGGUGUAUUACGAUUUACGCCACUUGUCUAAAGAACCAGGCCAAUCAGGCGCAUCCGCAAUGACAGCACAUUUGUUGAAUUCGUUGAGCACAGAAACUGAUGGAUUUGGUGUCGAGAAGAUUGAAUACUGUCUACUUUCAAGACCACCGGUUCAACGCCUUGAACACUUCGUAAAAGUUCCUUUGCUGCUGGACGGAAAAUCCGUGGCAUGGAAAACCCCUCCGGCGGAAAAUUCAGAGGAGUAUUUGCAGAUAAAGCAAAACGUCACCAAAUACCUUCAAAAGAUGGUAGACGCCGGUAAUCUACGAAAGGUGAUCACCGCAUUUCAAGUUGGCAAGUUGGCGAAAGACGCUUUGGCGUUUUAUUAUUACGACAACGUACAUGUUCACCUUCGGCUGAUUUAUGAUGCACUCGCGGUGGGGCAACAGCUGGGUCUUUCCGGAACGAUAACGGAUUUGUUAAACGAGGCCAAAAUAUGGUUGGAAACGGAAUAUUCUUCUGCCUUGCAAAAGGUACCGAAAUCUGGGAUACACCUUGGUGAACAGGAAAAGUCUCAUUUCAAAGAGAUCAACGAGCUAAUCUAUAUUUUAAUAAAGAAAACUACUCACAAGGUUCAGUAUAUUUUAAUAAAGAAAACUACUCACAUGGUUGGUGAAAACACCCCGACAGCCCACGACCGAGUUCUUGCUACUUUGGGCUCAUCAGGAGUGCCUGAAGCACCGCAAGUUUUGGUGUUCCCAACGUCCGCUGUCACGCCUCAAAGCAAAACGACCGUUCCAACCCCUACCUCUACAGCCAAAAACGACGAUUUGGUGACAUCAGUAGACUCAGAGGAAUCAGAUACUUCCCCUACAAGAAACUUGAAUAUUAUCGAAAAGCCAACAGUUAAAAUGAGGUAUAAAAUCGAGU